AUGUUUCCAUUUAAUCAAUAUUAUAAUACUGGUGCUCCAUCUAGUCAAUAUGACUUAGAUUCAUUAUUCAAUUUAUUACAUCAACAACAAUAUUAUCAACAACCAAGAGUCAAUUCAAAACCAAGAAUUAUUAAGAAAUUAGAAACAGAAGAUGAAUUCCAAAUCCAAAUUCAGAAGCCAUAUGGUAAUUAUAAUAAUUAUGAAGUUAAAGUUGUAAAAUCAUCAACUCCUCCAUUAGUUAAUAUCAUAAUUCAAUCUGAACAAGAUAAUUUUAAACAAACUUUUCAAUUUAAUAUUAAUUAUAUUGAUAUUGAAAAUAUUAAUUGGCAAUGGUAUAGACAAAGAAAUAUCUUAUGUUUAAAUAUCCCAAAAAGAAUUCAUUAUGUUCAUCUGAAUUUAGAAGACAUUUUGAAUUGUUUGUUUAAUGGUCAUGAUCGUCUUCCAGUUCAACAAGGUGAGGCUAGUCAUGAUAGAUAUCAUGCUGAUGAAUCUGAUUUUGAGGAAGAGGAUGCUUAUGUUGAAGAUGAAGGUGUGCAUAGCCCUGAGGUUAAUGGUAGCCAAUUGGCUUCUGAAGUUAACGAACAAGCUGAGGAAGCCCAUAGGAGGGCUGAGUUGGAAGCUGUAACAGAAGCUGAAGAAGAUAGAAAAGAGGCUGAGCAAGCUAGAAGAGAAGCAGAGUUAGAAGCUAAGAGACAAGUUGAAGAAGCUAAGAGGCAAGCCGAAGAAGUCGAAGAAGCCAAGAGACAAGCAGAAUUAGAAGCCAGAAGACAAGCUGCAUUGGAAGCCAGAAGACAAGCCGAGUUAGAAGCUAAAAGAAGAUUUGAAGCAGAAGCCAAAAAACAAGCUGAAUUAGCCGCCAAGAAAAAGGCUGAAUUAGAAGCUCAAAGACAAGCUGAAUUAGAAGCUAAAAAGAAAGCUGAAAUUGAAGCAAAGAAACGUCAAGAAAGAUUUGUCCAACUGGAAAGGGAAAGACAACAAGAAUAUGACGAUUUUAUUAAACAACAACAAGAUUUCCUUAAGCAUUUCUUUGGAUUUAAUUUAGGUCCAGUAUAUCCACGUAGAGAUUCUAGACCAAACGAAGAAAUAAAACAACAACAAAAAAACCUAAAGAAAGAUGAAGAUACAAUUAAAGUAACUCCCAUGAAACAAAACCCAAAACCAAAAGUUGCACCAAAACCUGAACAAUUGAAAAGAAAUAAGACCUUAGAUAAUAUUAAAUCUGUUCCAGUUGUAACUAAGGAAACAUCUGAUGCGGAUUCUAUUGUUUCUAGAGGUGAUACCACCUUAUCCAGAACUGCUAAAGAGGAUGCAUCAUUGGCUAAAUUACAUAUGCAUCCUUCUUUAGAAGAAGUUGAAGAUGAAGAAUUCGUUAUGUUUAAGAAGAAGUUUGGACAAUAA